AGAUACCUCAGUCGCUCUCGCCACCGAGAAUCUUCAUACACAACCGCCAAAAUGGUCAAGACAUCCGUCCUCAAUGACUGCUUGAACGCCAUCAACAACGCCGAGAAGGCUGGCAAGCGCCAAGUCAUGAUCCGCCCGUCCUCCAAGGUCAUCGUCAAGUUCCUGACCGUCAUGCAGCGUCACGGUUACAUUGGCGAGUUCGAGGAGGUCGACGACCACCGCAACGGCAAGAUUGUCAUCCAGCUCAACGGCCGCAUCAACAAGACCGGUGUCAUCUCUCCCCGCUACAACGUCCAGCUCCGUGACCUCGAGAAGUGGGUCGUCAAGCUCCUUCCCUCGCGUCAAUUCGGUUACAUUGUCCUCACCACCUCGGCUGGUAUCAUGGACCACGAGGAGGCCAGGAGGAAGCACGUUGCCGGCAAGGUCCUCGGUUUCUUCUACUAGGUUCUCGUAUGAUAUGGUGGGAAAGGGAUGCAUAUACCCGGGCUUAGGCAAGCAUGUAAAUGUUUGACUAGGUAGUCCAUCAGGGCGACGAUAGAUGAAGAAAUGACAAAAAGUUAUGACGCAUUUGGCUAUGUGAGCUUUUCCCUCUGAGUGACAAUGCGGAAUCAGCUUGUGGUCAUCUCGUCGAGCACUUCCAAAUUGUUUUGCACCAGAACGUCAACUUUCGCCAUCCCGUUCUCCUUUUGCAUUUUAUGACUUGAUGUGAAGUUAAACAAAUCACGAA